AGACCACCUAAUUCAUUCUAAGCCGCCAUGGCAGCAGCUGCCGCCUUGUGCACAUUUUUGAAUAUCUCCGCCUUUGUAUCCCUUGUGUUUGCAUCUCUAGUGUGUUCACUUUCAUUUAACAUGCCCUAUAUUACUCCUUAUUAUCUUGGGAACAUCAAAGUCGAAGGAGCUGCAAAUAUCACAAACCAGGGCAUCCAACUCACACCAUUUGAAGGCGUCCAGGUCUCCAAAGCCGGUCGAGCCAUGUAUGCCGUUCCAUUGCAACUAUGGGACAAGGCUUCAGGGAAUUUAGCUGAUUUUGACACCAAAUUCACUUUCAACAUCAACUCAAAUGGUAACACCAACUAUGGCGAUGGCCUGGCCUUUUUCUUGGCUGAUUUUUCCACCCCAUUUUCUCAGACUAUGUAUGGUGGUGGCGGCCUUGGCCUAACCGAUGGGAAUCUGCAAACAGCUCUAGACCCCUUCGUCGCUGUAGCGUUUGAUACAUACUCAUCAUCAUCCCAAACUCAGACAAGUACUGUAAGUAUCAACGUUAGAUCUAUGAAAACUUCUGUUAAAACCACGGAAUGGCCAAACGACGUUACACAGGGGAAGCCCAAUUCUGCUUCCAUAACUUACAGGGCGGUUUCCAAGGUUCUCAGAGUUGAUUUCACAGGAUACUCUAAUGGCCAGACCUCAACCUACACCCUUAGCUGCGAGGUUGAUUUGAGGGUAGUUGACUUGCCUGAAUUUGUAAGCGUUGGCUUCUCAGCUGCAACGGGGAGUUUCUUUGAGGAACACACUGUCACCUCGUGGCAGUUCGGUUCUUCUCCACCUAGGCCGGCGGGCAGUCUGUUGCCACCGCCAAAUCUUGUUCAAAAAGCGACGGACAAGAUCAAAAGAGAUUUGAUGAUUGGAGUUUCUGUUGGUGUUCCCACUGCAGUUGUUGUGUUUGUAGUCCUUUAUUGCCUUUGUAAGAAGAGACGGCCAAAAAUUAAUGAGGUUACUCUUGGUAAGGUCUCCGCCAAAGCUGGUGCUCAUGCUGCAAAAGUGGCUGUAAAAGUGGCACAAGACCCAACCUUAGAAUGUUGUGCUAACGUUGCACAAGUGCCAGUGGAACCAAACCCAGAAUGUUGUGUUAAGGUUGAAGAACCACCGGCCCAAGAACCUUGUGGUCAGGUCUCAGAAGGGGAGGAAGAUGGCGUUUUGGAAACUCUCGCAUCAUCAAUUCUUGAUAUUUUUAAAACAUGUGGUUGAUUGGGUUAAUUUUAAUUAUAUUUUUUUAGAUGUCUGAUUGACAAGAGAAAUCUACCUGUCACUAACUACUCGAAGUAUGCAGUGAGUAAACUUCACUUUAUAAUUCAAGUUGGUAAAAGAUCACAAAGAGGUAUACCAGCAUAACUUAUCCAUAGCCGGGCUGACUCAUGCAUUUUUAGAUUUAGUUUUUAUUUAAGCAAGUCUAAAAAUAUAGGCUUUUAUUGUUCUGUUGUACUAGAUCAAAUGUAUACAGUUUUCUCCUCUCUUGCUUUA